AUGGCAGAGAGUGCGGUGUUCAAUCUACUAGCCAACUUCGCACCCUUCCUCCAACAAGAGUUCAAUUUGUUGACUGGAGUUGGAGAAGAUAUCCAAUACAUCAGAGAUGAAUUCGAUUGCAUGACAGCUUUCUUGAAAGAAGCUGUUGCCAUGGAAGAGAACGAUCGCGAACUCGAUGUAUGGGUCAAGCAUGUUCGAGAAGCUGCCUACGACAUUGGAGAUGUUCUCGAGCUGUUCAUGCUUCGCUUCGGACAUGAUCAUGGAGAUGGAUUGUGCGGUUUUCUUUGUAAGAUUUGCUGCUUUAUUAAGACUUUAAUAGCUCGUCACCAAAUUGCUUCUGAUGUGAAAGGAAUAAAGACCAAAGUCAAGGAUAUUUCGGAGAGACAUAAGAGGUACUGUGAUACAUAUCGUACGUUAGAGCAAGGCUCAAGACCCACUGGUUUUAACAAAGAAUGGCAGGAUUUUCGUGGCCAUGCCCUUCUGCUGGAUGAAUCUGAGCUGGUAGGCAUCGACAAGCCCAAAUCACAACUUAUUAGUUGGUUGGUGCAUGAAGACCCCAGACUCAAGGUGUUUUCCGUAUCAGGAAUGGGCGGAUUGGGCAAAACAACGCUCGUUAAAAAGGUCUUUGCUGAUGCAGUUGUGAAGAACCAUUUCCAGAACCAUGCCUGGAUCACUGUGUCUCAAUCCUUCAACACGAAGGAGCUCCUAAAAGGCAUGAUCACACAACUUUUUGAAGAAGUCAAGCAACCAGUCCCACAAGGGAUGGACAACAAGGAUACCAACAGCUUGAAAGGGAUAAUUUAUGAUUUCCUGCAACAAAAGAGGUAUGUGCUUGUUUUCGAUGAUGUAUGGGAUAUUCAUGCCUGGCAAUCUUUUAAACAUGUGUUUCCCAUAGGCAAUUGCGGUAGUCGAGUAGUGCUGACAACCAGAAAUACAGAUUUAGGUUCUUCAGCUAGUGCAGAAUAUCAUGGGGAUGAUUAUAAUCUUGAGCCCUUGACUCCCGAAGAGUCUUGGACAUUGUUUUGCAGGAAAACAUUUAUGGAGAAUUCUUGCCCUUUAUACUUGGAAGGACUUUCAAAAGACAUUCUGAAUAGAUGUGAGGGAUUGCCACUUGCAAUUGUGGCAAUUAGUGGUCUUUUAUCAAGAAAGAGCAAUGUCGAUGAGUGGGAAAAGAUCUACCGCAGCCUUGGUGCAGAACUAGAAGACAAACUCCGAAGCAUGAAGAAAAUAUUGUUACUCAGUUACAUUGAUUUACCUUAUGAUUUGAAGUUCUGCUUUCUAUAUCUAAGUGUUUUUCCGGAGGAUUGUUUGAUUGACCAUUGGAGAUUGAUUCGGUUAUGGGUGGCAGAAGGAUUUAUAGAAAUGAAACUAGGAAUGACGAUAGAAGAAGUUGCCGAGGGCUACCUCAAUGAGCUAAUCAAUAGAAGCUUAGUUCAAGUGGCAGAGAUGAGAUCAGAUGGAAGGGUCAAAACGUAUCGCAUCCAUGACCUCUGGCGUGAAAUUAUUGUUUUGAAGUCGGCAGAGAAAAACGUUGUGACAAUAGUUGGUGAACGAAGCAGAGUGUGGCCUGAAAAGGUGCGGCGCUUAUCAAUCCACAAUCAUGAGGAAAAUACACAACAAAGCAAGUGCUUCACGCGACUUCGUUCUUUGCUUAUGUUCAAUGCAAUAGAUUCACUGUCCAAGUUGUCCAUGCUUGCAUCGUCAAAUGAUGGUCUACAGUUGCUAACCGUGUUGGAAUUAAGCGGUACCUCGUUGGAGACAUUUCCAAAUGAAGUUUUGAAACUACUUUUACUCAGGUAUUUAAGUUUGAGGAGAACCAAUGUAAAAAUAAUUCCAAAGGCGAUUGGAAAGCUCCAAAACCUGGAAACAUUGGACCUUAAACAUACGUAUGUCACUGAGUUGCCUGAUGAUAUACUGAAGCUCCAACGACUUCGCCAUAUCUUGUUGUAUCGCUACGAAGAAGAUCCUGUGCCUUCAAUUUGUUUUCGAGACCAUAGCGGAUUCAAAGCUCCGACGAAAAUAGGAAGUUUGUCAUCCUUACAGAAGCUUUGUUCUAUUGAAACAAACCAUGAUAAUGGGGCCAUUUUGCUAGGAGAGGUAGGGAAAUUGACUCAACUGAGGAAAUUACAGAUUGAAAAACUGAGAAAUGAAGAUGGGAGGGUGUUAUGCUCGUCCCUUGAGAAGCUUAGUAACCUUCGCUCAUUGAUUGUUCGUGCAACAGGAGAAGAUGAGAUCAUUGAUCUAGAUUCUCUUUCCUCACCACCUCAACUUCUUCGAACGCUCUACUUAGAAGGAAGUUUACAUAAGGUACCACAUUGGAUACCUUCACUGCACAGCUUGUUAAAAGUAACUUUAGCAUGGAGUAAGUUAAGGGAUGUUGAUCCACUAGAAUCCCUCCAUGGUUUGCCCAAUUUGGUUCACCUUCGACUCGAGCAGACAUAUGAAGGGGAAGAAUUGUGUUUCAAGUCUGGUGGAUUUCAAAGACUUGUGACAUUAAACCUUGCUGGAUUAAAAGGAUUGAGAUGGGUGAAAGUGGAGGCUGGCUCGAUGCCUCAUCUUGAGGAGUUAUUUAUCCAUCAAUGCGAAUUGGUAGAGGAGUUACCCUCUGGCAUUGAACUUCUAACCAACCUUGAAUCUCUUUAUUUGGUUAAUAUGUCUGAUGGAUUGAUUUCGAGCUUGAACAGUGACUUAGAAGGUGGGAAUUAUUGGAAAAUUGCACACAUCCCAAUAGUUGGGAUUGUGAACACAAAACGUGGGUGUGUGGAAGGAAAGUAUCUAUAG